AUGGCAUGCGAUAUUUCCCCGGAUAUCCCGAAACCCUCCAUCCCUCCCCUCCAGCGAAGGACCAAUCGCCCUCCUUUCAUACCCGUAGCCGCGAUCUCUGCCGAGGCAAAUAUAUACCUGAUCGGGGGAAGUAUCCCAGAGCUAGAGCCGACUACUAAGGAAUAUUACAAUAUCUCGCUGGUGUUCCCACCCGACGGGGUCUUGAUUGGCACCCAUCUCAAAACACCCCUCUUCAGCAUUGAUAUCCCAGGAAAACUCAAGUUCAAGGAAAGCAACGUGCUCUCAUCAGAUAAUGAAUUGACCGUGAUUGAUCGCCCAGAGUACAGGAAGAUUGGCUUGGCCAUUUGUUAUGACAUUCAUUUCCCGGAAUCAGCCAAGAUCUCGGCCCGCAAAUUCGCGUUCCUCUUGGUCUACCGGGGUGCUUUCAACAUAACCACCGGACCACGUCAUUGA